CAUCCCUUCGUCGUUUAUUGUAAGUUGGUACGUUAUUGUUUUUCGUCGACGUUGAUUAAAAAAAUGCGUACCACUUACAAAAAUGCAUUCCUAACAAUUAAAAUAUGUUUAAUUAAUCCACCGUAAUAAUUAAAAUUUUCGAACCUUGCCGGCAUUCGAACGGUCCAAACAUGUUUCCGGACUUCUCCGAAGUAGGCAAAUAUUUUCAUGAAAUGUUUCGGUUUCGAUGGGACGAAUACAGGAGAAGUGGUUCGAUAUUAGUGGUGAAUCCGACCAAGAGAAGAAAAAAGUUCGCCGACGAAGAAGGGCUGAUCUAUAAGCCACUAGAUUUCGAAAUAUUUAGUACAAUAUCGACGUUUGGCAUGUUCGAAAUAUCUCGUCUGGCUGUGUUUGAAAAAUUACUACGUCGAGUUAGUUACCUUCAUCUACAUCUGCAAUGUAUAGCUGAUUCCGGUACAGAAACUUCGUUAGCACUAGAGGAUAUACAGAAUAGAACCGAACAAUCCGAUGUUUCUGAAUUAUCUAAGGUCGUCAAAAUUGGUAUAAGAAGUAUAUUCGAAUUGAUCAAAGGCAGUAAAACCGAGUAUCCGGAUUUAUGCGUCAGAGCAGUUACUUCUCUGUUUACCAUUUUAGAAGGGUUGCGUUUAGAAGCUCUAUGCGACGAACCAUCUGAUAUCGUUGGCGAUAUAUUCAAUGUAUUAUUGAACGUAGUAGACGAGUGCCUUAAUGAAGAGAUCGUCGAACGUAGCCCAGACGUACAACGUUUGAUUGAAAUAUCAUCAGCAUGUCUUCUCAGCUUUGCCAUAAUUCGAGGAGACACUGGCAAAAUGUUGAGGGCCAUAAGUGCCAUAUUAAUAUCUAAAUAUUCUCUGUCUCAUUCUAUGGUUCUUCCAAACGCUGUUAUCGAAUUACAAAAAAGUGUCCAAAGCGUUAUCACCGGCAAACUAAAGCAUCCGAAUUGGUUCACUCAUGGAGUAUUGAAAUCGUCUUGUAUUUCUUCGUUUCUUUUGUUAUUUACCGCAGAUGACUCUAAAUUAUCGCUUAAGAUUAAAAAUUUAGCUUGCGAUGGUUAUUAUUUGUAUAUAUACACGUCGUAUGGUCUGUACAAAAUCGGCACCGGUUACAAUGGUACUAUUCCUAGAAAUGUCUAUGCUCAUAAUCCAGCGUUCUUCGGUCAAGAUAAUGGAUGGAUCUUCUAUAUGAAAAAUUCGUUAUAUUUUAUGUUGAUGAAGCAAAAGGGCAGUAACGAGCUUUAUCUGGUUAAUGAGAAUAAUCUAGAGUUACAGCAGAUGAUUCGAAUCGAUUCGAAUGUCUCUAUUUUUACCAAAGGAUUAGUGUUCGUUGAUGGAGAUUAUUUAUGUUCCUUGUGUUCUCCAAAAGAGGACGAGUUAGUCAUUCGAUCAAUGGAAAUAGUCGAAAACAACUUGACACUUAUACAGGAAGAGUUACGAUUUCAAUUAUCGGAAAAGUAUUUCAAAUUGUUCGGUUCAUCGUGUGGGAGUGAAGAAAAAUUAUUAUCUAGUCGUUGCGUCGGCGUAAACGAAGAACUGAUUUCGUUCGCUUCUGGCAAAGAGUUCUCUUUACUUCAAACAUCCGAUGGAAAGGUGUUAUAUAAUAGUAAAUUAGGCAAUCAAAAUCUACGAGCGCCCGGUACCCGUAGUAAUCAAUGCUGGGUGGAAUUAAUUUGUCCAAAAAUGUCGACCGUCAAGCAAUGCGUAAUUGGAAACGACGGCUCGAUCGGAUUAUUAGUUUAUAACGACGGAUCUGUUUACUUCAUCGGAUUCGCUAGACGAGGCGAAGACGGAGAAAAUGGCGCUGUACGCAGACAAUGUAAUCAAAUUAAACCUCGUAAAAUGACACGUAUGGAUGGAAAGAACGUUGUGUACGCGGCGUGCAAUCACGGUUCAACGGCUUUAGUUACCGAUAAAGGAGAGCUUUUUAUGUUCGGAAAAGACGCUAUUCAUUGUGACCCUGGAACUGGCUAUGUUUCUGACCUGAAACAUGUACGUGUACGAUCUGUCGCUUUGGGAAAAGUUCACGUUGUUGUGUUGACCGAUAAAGGACAUGUUUACACUUUUGGCUAUAAUGGUAGAGGACAGUGUGGAAGAUUCUCUUCGUCCGAGGGUCCAGGUCGUAGCGAAGCAUAUAUGGAAGUUUACGUAGACGAUGACGAAAACAGCGCCUCAUCUGACGACACUUACUCUGACGUCAUUUGUUUAAAAGGCACUCAUAUUUUCAAGCAAGAUAAAUGCAUGAUAUGUCCAAUUUGUCACCAGUGUACCGGCUACGGAGCUGGUUGCUUAGCGAGUAAUGAAGGAGAUCGCGAACCCGGCGAGGAAUGUGGCUGUGGCGAUGGUGAUUCCGGUUGCGCCAAGUGCUGUAUUUGUAAAAUUUGUGCUUUCGAAGAAGAUCCCGAUCAAGAGUUAGAUGACGAAAAUGAACCCGAUGAUAUUAUCAGGAUUAAUUUAUUCGGAGCUGUUUACGAACGAAACGAUCGAAAAGUUCGAGCCGAGUUGUUUAAAAAAGACGAAGAACCGGUAGCUGGUCCCUCAGGUGAAGGUCGUAUUAAAAGUGUCGAAAUGAUAAACAAUUCAAACGGAGGUAAAGAUUCAAUGAGCAUGGUGUACCUUCUUCCUGCCAAAGUUCAUUUUCGCACAACUGCUCCCGCCGUACAAAUCGCUGCUGGUUUAUAUCACACUGUCGUUUUAAUGGAAAAUGGCGAAGUGUACACCUUUGGAAGUAACACCUCUGGUCAAUUAGGUAUCAACGACGAAAACCAUAUUGGCCCAGUGAAAGCAAAUUUACCCCCUGUCGUAGUAGAAAUUGCUGCCGGAUCGAAUCAUACUGUUGCUUUAACCGCUACCGGAGAAGUUUUCACAUUUGGAAAUAAUUCCAAAAAUCAACUUGGCCGGAAUUGCGUUACGUUUAUUCAAACUGAAGGACUGCUGUGGCACAGUACACCUCAACUUAUUCCUAAUAUUGGAUCUCAAUAUGCUCAAAAAGUUACCGGAAUCGGUGCCUCGGGUGAUAUGACGUAUUUGAAGAUCAGUGAGAGUUUACUUAGUCGGUCGACGUUGAAUAAUUCCAAAUUUGUUGCCGAUAAAAAUAAUAUUCUCAUGUUACCAGUCGACGUCGAAAACGACGAGCAAAAAACAUUCGAAUGUGUGGUAAUUGAAAAGAAGAGCGGUAAUUUCAGAAAUUUCGCCAAUGUCGAUCAAGUGAACUUCAACAAUGCAGCGGUUUGUUACGAUUCGCUUUAUAAUGUGCUGUGGUGUAUACACGAAAACGAGCCAUCCAGCGUAGAAAAGGGUCCAAUAGCCAAAUGUUACAAUGUCGUAGCCAGCGACGUACAUGAGGACUUUUGCUCUCCUAAUAUUCUCGACUGCGAAUUGGCCGUACCAGUGGUUACCAUGCAUACAAUCCCUUGCUAUCAAGCAGCCAUCCAUGUUCUAGCAUGUUUGGAUAUGUUAGCUCAAGCUAGAUCUCGUAAAGAUUCGUUUAAAUCGUUAUUCAUGGAACAGAAACGAGUCAUUAAUACAAAAUCGUUACGUAAAGAGGAUUUUAUCGCUGUGAAUAGGUUUCAAGGUUUGGGCAAUUCUUGGACGUAUAAUGCUCAUAAUGCGGUGGAAGCUAUUCGAUUUUCCUGUGAUACCGAUGUUCUAUUAGGAGGAAUUGGGUUGUAUGGAGGUAGAGGACAUUAUCACGUGAGAUUAAAGUUGCUGGAUAUUGGCUACGAAAGUGAUCCUGAACCGAAAGAUGGUCAAGUUAUAAUCAGCACAGAUGAAAUUGUGUACGAAUGUUCCCUUAAGCAAACCUACCCUUUUAUGUUCGAAGAACCGGUUUUAUUACAAGCUAAUCGAUGGUAUAUCAUAUGGGCUCAAAUUAAAGGCUCGCCUAGUGAUUGCGGUAGUUCCGGGUUACCUUACCUAGUCACUGAUGACGAGGUUGUUUUUCAUUUCAAAUCGAGUCUAUUAUCAAAUAAUGGGACCAACGUAUCAUCUGGACAAAUUCCUCAAUUAUUCUACAAAGUCCUGUUACCAGAAUUUUACGUAGUAACAAAUCUAGAGAAUCCACCACCCGCUGUGAUUCAUAUACUUUCUCGAAAAUUUUCCCACACCGUUACAGAGGACGGUUUCAAGUCGUUGAUUAAUUUAUUAUCGUGGUGUUGGGAAGAAUUCAAGAUGAAAUAUUCGGAGAUUUCAAAUCUGAGAUAUUCACCUUCGCUGUUAGAAGUAAUCAGACAAUUUGACAAGUUGGUUUACAUAAAUCAAGCUUGUCAGCAUUUAAUUAGAGCAUUUAUAUUCGAAAUGUAUCCGGAUGGUUGUCGGGUUAAAGAAAGAAGAUCUAGAAUGAGUUAUGUUAUGGCCGAGUUAAUCGGAGAUGUUAGAGAAUUAUUGCAAAAUAUAUUAUCAGACCCUUUUCUAUUCGAACAUUUUAUACCGAAGAAAAUCGAAGAUGGAAGUUGCAAUAUUUUUUAUAAAUUGGUGAAACAUAUAAUUAAAGAAUGUAGCAGUACUUUCGUUGCCUGUUUUUACGUAUUUUAUCCAACGCCAACUCAAAAAUGGAUCUAUCUUAGUUACUUACUAAGCUUUGAACCGGAAAAUAAAUUCGAACACGAUUUUCUAAUCACAGCGACAUUGUCAGCGUUAUGUGCAUCGAAUAUUUGUUUGAAAUUGAUAUUUCCUAUUCUCCUCGGAGGAUUCGAUCCUAAUCAACUAUUCCAGGAGAAUAAAAAUACAAAUCUCGCUUCAAAUUUUUAUAAUUAUAAUCCAAUCUUAGCUGAAGUUAUGAUGAAACGAACUGAAGGUGAAAUCAUGAUAGAUAUUUCGUCUUGGUUGUAUGUGAUGGGUAAACUUUUGGAAAUGGCGUCGAAACCGGUCGAAGAAGCUUUACAUGGAGUUAAAAAUUAUCAUCAUUCAAAAAUAGCUUUAAAUAGUUGUCAAAUUCUUUCGAAGUUAGUCGCAGAAUUGUCAGCUGAUGCGAUGGGUAUCAAUGUAAGUAUUCUGGAUGAAGUUCAAAGACGCAAAGAUCAAAUGCUCCAUACCACUCCAAUUCGUUUCCGAAGAGUGAACGCAAACAGAUCCUGGAAUACUGGAAAUGGUUCCCCCGAUGCCAUCUGUUUCACUGUCGAUAAACCUGGAGUAGUUAUUGUCGGUGUCGCAGCUUUUGGUGGCAGUGGCAAUUACGAUUAUGAAAUCGAAUUAUUAGAUGAGGUGGCAGCCAAGGGCAAAAAUAAUUCGGAUUACAAUCUGAGUAAUCCGCAAGCUAAUUGGAGAUGUAUAGCUUUAUCACGUGGAUCUUUCGGUUCAUCAGAUUACAGUGGCAAAGAUAUGGUGGAAUUAAAUUUCGAAUAUCCCACUGCUGUUCAGGAAAACACAAAAUACAUCAUUAAACUGAGAUUGAGAGGUAAUCGAACCAAUAAUGGUGAAUUAGGCCAAGCUGUUGUCACUGGACCGGACGAUACAGUUUUUAAUUUCAUCAGCACCGAAAUCAGUUUUAACGGAACAUCGGUUUCAAGAGGCCAACUUCCAUAUAUUAUUUAUUACAGAUAUCCUCAAAGAACCACUCAAGAACUACGACAAAAGAAAUUUGUCGAAAAUCAAGCCCACGAAGCGAUUGUGACAAUAUCGAAUCGAAUUUUUUCCGAAAUCACGAGUAUUCUCACAUUAGCCAACGAAUCACCCGACUAUAAAGAAGUUGUUGAUAUUUUAGUCGGUGCUCCGAUCAUCACAGCGUUGUUACCCCUCCUAGUUACUCAUCUAUCUCCGUUAGUCGCCACUAACGCCAAAAUUGCUUGCCACGUGUUGAAACUGAUCGAAGAAUUGUUACCAUUAGUUUGCCAAAUUAAUAAAAAAAUUAUCGCUAACACGAAAGAAUCGACGUCAGGUGCAGAAAGCUCGUCGACUAUUAAUUUCGCGUCGAAUUUCGUUACCACCUCGCCUCAUUAUUCGUUGGUUGAAAGCGAUCAUCCGUAUAAACGAGCUACCGUCAGCAAAUACAUUGUCAAGUUCCCAGAAAGUGUACUAUGGCUUAGUUUGGAAUUCGAUCCACGUUGCGGUACCGCUCAAGAAGAAGAUGUAUUAAAAAUCUACGUACCUGAUUUCUCAUCUAAAGAUCAUAAUAAUAAAACCCGCAAAGUAUAUCGUCCAUUGCCUCGAACAUACGGCAAUGAUAAGCACGCCUGGCCUGGCACAGCUAUAAUCCUGCCAGGUAACGAAGUGAUUUUCUCGUUGGAAAGUGCCUCAAAAUACUUAUCUCGCGAUAGAGGCACAACUUUCGGCUUCAGGUGUCUAGUUAUCGGUUUCGAAAUGGUGAAUAUUGACGGUAUACCUCGCCUAGAAUUAGAACUGACUAGUCUGGCUUGUCGAUGCGCAUCGUACUUGAUCAAGAAGAAUUUCGUCUGUUCUGACGAUAAUACAGAUGCGAUUAAUCUAGAAUUAGCUGAAGCCGAAUACGGUGCUCAUUGUAGUGUACUGAAUCGUGGCAUAGACUUGUACCGAAAAGGCAUCUUCGAGUACGAUAAGUCAUCGUCGUUUACCAGGUAUCGACGAAUCCAUGCGAACGGAGCGGAAUUCCACAUUCAGAGUGAUAUUAAUAGAUUGCCAACCACGAACGGUUUGAUGGAUUCAUUUGCGAUAGAAGAAAUGGCCAAAUCAUUCUCCACAAAUACCAGCGAUUCGAAUGAACAUUCGUUUUUAAUGGAUUUCAUCAAUUACAAGAAUGAUACCAGUGGAGGACGAUUGGCAAGAUGGUUACAACCUGAUUCGUUCGUCGAUGUGAGCAAAUGCGAAAUGAUUUUCCCGAGGACCAAAAUCAAAUGUGGCUGGCCCACUACGUUGGCUAUUGUGACAAGAGAUCAAUAUGGCGAUAUUGUCGAAAUACCCGAUUUGAAGGUCAAAGUUAUGUGUAUCCCUCAACAAAAAGAAAUCGUCGCCGUUGAGUCGAAAUCCAAAGACCAUUCAGAUAAACCAGAUCUGUCCAUACCUUACAAAACCACAAUCGUCAAUAAAGUCCGAUACUCAGCUAUGACCUUCAUGAAGGAGUUUGCUGACUAUAGUUUCGAAGAAUUACGUUAUUACACACCAACGAUAACUUUGGAAAAUGAACAUCUGCAUGUCCAGUCGAACCAUAACGGUAUCCAUACAGCAAAUUGGACACCGGCUGGUAUCGGUGUGUACUCAAUUCAUGUCACAAUUGACGGCUAUCCGAUGAAAAAGCUGGAUUUAAAAGUAGAAGUGAAAGAUACACCUCAUGGGCUAUCUCCACCGCUGUAUAGUAAAUCGUCGUGUAUAGUUUACGAAGAGAAAAAACUGCGAUUUGGUAAACAGUACAGCGCUGGCCUACGUAUUCGUGCCCAGCCAUCAUUACAAUGUGAACCUGUAGGAUUCGUCGAGCCUGGUGGAAUUGUUACGUAUAUAGACGAAGUCGAAAAUGAGGACGGUGUUUGGGUGAAAUUGAUUCACGAAUGUAUUACAAUGUAUUGCAAGCAACUGUACCCAGAAGGAUGGUGUCUGAAAUAUCAUAAACAUUACGAUUUCGAGUUAUUACAAACUGUGGUUAAUCAAACUAACGCCAACUUGCCCGAAAAAAUAACAAUAAAUAACGAUAUAAAGGUUUAUCGAGUAGUGAAGUGCGGCGUAUCGGGUCACAAUAUUCGAGCGUAUCCUAGUCUCAAAGCUCCCACCGUCGGCAUGAUAUUCUCUGAUCAGAGUGUCACUUCAGAUGAACAAAUUUAUAACAAAGAAGGAAUGUGGAUUAAGCUGGAUAAAGAAGCUAUGAAGAGAUUCGACUUGAAACAAUACGACAGCGUUUGGUCCCUGGCUGUGGAUAAAUCGCAGAUUGUAUACUUGAGAAGUGAUUUUAGUAUAAAUAAAGAUAUGUUCUUAAAAGCGCUAAAAUGGGAUGAAAUAUCAUCUAAAGUAACUGGAACUGAAGUGGUGGACAGCUCUUCGACCAGCAGCGACGACAGUGAUAAUGAUCAUAAUCAUAAUCCUGUCAGUUCUGAGGAAUCUCAACACAUUUGUCUUCAAACUUCAAAGGAUACUGGUUCUUUCCAUCAAAAAAAGAAGGGACCAAAAUCUGACAGAAAUGUCUCCAUAUCGCCCAGGAACAUUCAGAAUAUUACAAAUAUCCACGACGAUGAAUCGACGCAUGAACGGAGUGGUAACCAAAACCUCAAUUUAACAGCGAGUGUUCCACCCACGCCCAAGAAAAAGAGACUAGGAGAACAUGUGCCUAAAAUUACUACUUCUUUAGCUCGAAUGACGAGUACUUCAGAUUUAGCAGAUUCGGAAUCUAGUCCAAGUAGCAGAGCUAAUACUCCACAAUUUGGCUCGUUUGUAGAUAAAUUUGACAAAACACCAGAAAUUUCGGUAUUUCGAAUAUCUUCAAUGAGCGAUAGCAGUGGCGCCGUUAGUACGUCAUCUGGAGGAUACCAAGCUUCCAUCGAUACUUCUAGCGACAGUGUGAUGAUGUUUGCUUCUAAAAUUUCAUUCGAGGAGAAACUACCAGUGGUACAGACAGGAACUCAAACAUCGCCCAAAAUCCUACCCAAAGUAGCCAUAAACAUGAAACCCGACCUCAGCAUGAUCAAAGCCCAAGAAGCGACAAUAUCAUUCAACUGUACAACCACCAGCACUCUUGCUGGCCCUUGUAAAUCAACCGAAGUAGAAAUUACAGACGACUCGAACAAGAAAUUAGAACCCGAUCGUAUCUCCAGGUCCUCUGAUGACUACUCUUACGAAGGAAUGGAUUCCGACGACGAUUUACCCAGUGGUAUAGACGACGCUAGCAGCGACGAAGAUCAGAACGAAAGCAUCAUUGAAUCUCCUUUAAUGGAAAAAUCCAAACCGGAAACAGAAGAGAUCAAAACAGGAGUCGAAACUGCAACUGCAGUCCCUUCGACUUCUCAGCAAGAAGCUCACGAUAAAAAUACAGAAGCGACGAAUACAUCACGUUUUAAUUUUGUUCACGGGUUUGAUAAUAAAAGUGCAGAUGUUGAUGAGAUUGCCGAAGCUAUCGAGUGGGAGAAGUAUUAUUGUAUCAAGGAUUCCAAAAUCAAGUAUAAAACUGGUAUUCGUCCUUCGGUUGCGGAGUCGGUUAGAGCAGUAUUUGCAGCGUUUCUGUGGCAUGAAGGAUUAGCCCAUGAUGCGAUGACUUGCGCCUCGUAUCUUAAAUUUUAUCCACAGCUGAUGAGAAAAGAUAUUAAUACGGUUGUAAGACGAGAACAUAAUAGCAAUAGAAAUAAAGAUGUCACGUUAAGAUAUUCAGUAGAAGUAGGACUGAUCGGUAAUGACCACCAUUUAAUCAAACCAUCAACCAUGAAAAGUUUACCAUCGGCCACGAAUGAUUCGCCCCAUAAAACAAACACUGAUAGUGGAUCAGAAUUUAUCGGCGGUGAAAAAAAUGAAAAUACCUCAUCACCUUUAGCUUUAGAAUGCUUAGUGUUACUUUGGAACGAAGUAUCCAACACGUGCUUCCAAUUAUUCUCCAAAAACUACCAACAAGCUGCCACUUGUCGAUCAAACGAUGAAAAAGAUCUACUCAAAGAAUCAACCAUAAGUUCAAACUCAGCCGAAUCAGACGAUAACAAAAAAUGUGUUUAUAAAUUGCCAAUCAACUUUUACAAACGUUUCGGUACCGAAGAAAUUUGCGAAUUAUGCAAUGGAAAAUAUCCUUCUCCCGUCACCUAUCAUAUGAAAAGUACUCAUAAGGGUUGCGGUAAAGCCAGCAUCUCAAAAGGAUACUCAGCAGAAGGAAAAUAUACGAGUAAAGUGAAAGGCACCUGUGGCGAAGGUGGGAUCAAAGGGACCCCUUCGUAUGUACUUUGUGAAGCUUGUCGCGAACGUCACAUGCAAUAUAGGAAAUUCAAGUCUUCGAUGUUUCAACGUUAUCCGAUCCAUGAGGAUGGAUAUUCUGGGCAAUUGCCGAUGCAUUUAAUAAUGAAAGAGAACGCUUUAUUUGCCUUGGACUUAUCGAGCACGAGUAAUAAAUUCUUACCAAUGGUUUCAACUAUGCCUAAGCUAAAAACAUUCGGAUGCUUGGCGGCAUUUGGAAUCGAUGGCGAUGUUAUACCCAAUGAAAUCAAUUCUUUUGCCGUCGAGACUCGUAGACGUGUACGAAUCAAAAGUGAUUCAGGAGACCCAAACGCCGAUGACGAUACAGUGAAUAUUACGAAAAAUUUCCAUCGUUCUAUGUCAAUGAUUGGUAACUCGUGGAUGUCGAACGAAGAUGAAAAUAAUCCGCCUCCAUCGAUCGCUAAUAAAAGAUACAGUGCCUUGUGUGAUUUAGAAAGUGGUAAUUUAUCUGCAAUGUGCCAACCUUCGUCGAGACUGCAAUCAGUUCUUAAAGAUUUAAGGAGCAGUACGUCUGAUAAUGGAACCCAGACAGAAAGACCUAUUCUGGCGUUCUUAAGAGAAUGUCACAAUUUACGGUGUUUACGGACAACUAUGAAAAGUGUGAUGCAAAAAGCAAUAUUUAAAAAUUACGGAUUACGAGCUAUGGACUGGCUGCUGCGAACAGUAACGAUGCCUAUUGCCUUACACGAUAUAAUGUGGUGGUUUGUAUCGUCAUUUUCAGUGCCUUUGACUGAAGAUAAUGAUUAUGAAAAUGAUAACGAAUGGAAAGAUGAAUUUGACUUGACUCGAAUUUGUGAGCAUCCGUUAGUUGAUAUGGCAUUAGCUGGAGAAUGUAGACAACAAAUACCUGCCUCAUUUCAUACCCUCCUGCAAACGAUUUCUGACUUAAUGAUGAUUUUUCCGAUCGGAUCUCCUCUACAACAGAUGGCCAUUAAGUGCUGGGGAUUCCAAUUUACUCAUUCAGAUUACAACUUUUUGCACAGGAGUAAACUAUUCGUAAACAUAAGUAAAAUUUUAUCUCGGAGUGAAAAUGAUGAAGAACCUGAUCCAAGUAGUACGAGCUUAUACGAGAGUCAUCUUUCUGUAAUGGCCCAAAAUGGUCAUUACAUUCAAGUUCUCCGAGACAUCACAGCUUUCGUCUCAAUAACCGUAUCGAGUCAAUCGCAACAAAUAGCGAAUUUGAUCGAUAACUCGACUGAAACUUAUUGGGAAUCUGGAGAAGAAGAUCGACGUAAAAUGAAAACUAUAGUGAUAAACUGUCCUCCAGAGGUUGAUCCGAGAGUUGUUUACGUGCAUGUUGAUAAUACAAGAGAUCCUAAUCAUAAGGUACUCAGCAUUAUGAUUCUGACCGGAAUGUACGCGGAUUUCCCUCAUAAACUGAAGACAAUCAAUUUAGAUCCGGAUUAUUGCGGUUGGGUUACCACUUUUAUUCCUGAACCCCAUCAACGUAUGAUUCGUAUCGAUUGUAAAGGUGAUCACAUAUUGCGUAUUAGACAAAUCAAAGUUACGGGCGAAAUUGAAGGAGAAUCGCCGAAAAUUCUUCAACAGCCUUCUCCUUUUGUAUUACAACAACGGCAAUGCGAGUCAGAAACAUUAAAAGUGUUUCGUUUGAUCAUUUUCCAAGUUUUUGGAGAAUUGAUCGAAACUAGUCAAUCAGAAAUUCGAACCGCUGAGCAACGUGAAAGCAGCGACUUGAAAGAGCACAUGGUAGGCAUUCUUUUCAGUAGAAGAAAAUUGAACAAUUUACAAAAACAAGUAUGCAACCACAUCGUACAAGCCAUCAAAAAAGAAACAUGUAUCAUCAAAGAAGCAUGGGAAAAGUACGCAGACGCGAGUAUAUCGUCCAAUUUCGAAUUCCACGGCGAUAUAGCUGAUUCGUAUUGCUUUGAGAUGCUUUGCAUGGUAUCUGCAUUGAGUGGAAGUGACGUUGGAAGAUCGUAUUUGGCUCAACAAUAUCAUUUAAUUAGCGAUUUAUUGACAUUACUUCACGCUGGCACAGCUAGACUUCAAAGACAGGUGGUGUUGCUUUUGAGACGAGUGUUACCGGAAGUAAGUCCCAAGACGCUGGCUUUGAUAACAGAUGUGAGGUCGUUGCCACCUGCGGAUUUCCACGUUUUGGCCGGAACAGUGACGUCAUCAUUUGAUAUUAAUAAACGUAGCAUAUUAGACAUAUUUUUAGCAGUGAUAGCCAAAAUACUCUCAAUUCAAGUAAAAGCGAAAAAUAAUGGAAAUGGCAAAGGAGUCAAAACGGUAACAAUCACAGAUCAUCUCCAACCUUUGAGCGAAGAUCCUCACAGAUGGUACUUGAAAGGAACUGUUACCAAAGAAUUAGCUAGUGAAAUUGAUGGUCUUCUGAAAGAUAUGGCAUCGGGUCGAAUAUCUGAAGCUUGGCAAACGACAGCAAAAUCCGCCAUCGCUGAAAAUUUGUUGAAUUUAGCCAAUUUAUGCAAAAUCGCCACAGAUCGCAAUGAAUGUUUGAAAUACGCUACGUUUUGGAUUGGUCUAUCAUCCUUAUGUGGAGUAGACAAAGAUCACGUCGAGAAAUUAUCGUCUGCUAACUGGAAAAGUGAAAAAGACGGAGGAAACGUUCCUAGACCACUUUGCAGCAAUCACGACGAUGGAAAAACGCUGGCAAUUAUUCAGUGCAAUAUUUGCGAACUUUUAUGUCUCGAAUGUGAUCGAUUCCUUCAUCUGAGUCGAAAAAGUAGUGAUCACGAACGAAAAGUGUGUAAAGAAGAAGAAGAGGCUAUUAAAGUAGACGUACACGAGGGCUGUGGUCGAAUCAAGCUUUUCUGGCUGUUGGCAUUAGUAGACUCGAAUACAUUCAAAGGAGUGGUAGAAUUUCGCGAAAAUUCCAGAUUAACGGGAACUUAUAACAGGGUUGGAAUUAGAAACGAAAUGUGUCGUUUUUGUGGUCGUGCAACCAAUAAUCUCUCUGAUGAUGGAAUUUGCUACGAUGAAGAGUGUCAGCAACAUGCCACGAAUGCGUGUAUCAACAUUCACUCUUGCGGACAUAUUUGCGGCGGUAUCAAAGGUGAAGACGUGUGUUUGCCAUGUUUGCACGGAUGCUCAUCUUCGAAUUCUAAUCUUAAACAAGAUGCUGAUGAUAUGUGCAUGAUUUGCUUUACCGAAGCCUUAUCAGCUGCUCCUUCGAUUCAGCUCGAUUGCGGACACGUGUUUCAUUAUCACUGUUGCGAAAACGCUUUGUUGAAACGUUGGCCAGGACCUCGGAUCACGUUUAAUUUUCAACAAUGUCCUAUUUGUAAAAGAUCAAUAUUCCACGAUUCGGUGAAAACACUACUCUCUCCAAUUUGGGAUUUGAUGAAAGAUGUGCGUAAGAAAGCUUUGAUGAGAUUAGAAUACGAAGGAUGUCCCAGUAACUACGAAGAUCCAGCGGCCUAUGCAAUGGAAAAAUACGCUUAUUACGUUUGUUUCAAGUGCAAAAAGGCAUAUUACGGCGGAGAAGCUCGAUGCGAAGCUGAAGUAGAUAAUUCAGAUUUCAAUCCCGAGGAAUUGAUUUGCGGAGGAUGUAGUGACAUUUCGGGGGCUCGAGUAUGCCCCAAACAUGGCACCGAUUUUCUCGAAUACAAAUGCAGAUAUUGUUGUUCAGUAGCUGUGUACUUUUGUUUCGGUACAACUCAUUUUUGUAACGCUUGCCACGAAGAUUUUCAAAACGUCAUAACUCUUUUACCGUCCCAGUUACCAAGUUGUCCUGCAGGUCCUAAAGGAACAUCGUUGAAUGUAGAGGAUUGUCCCUUACACAUAGAACAUCCUCCAACCGGAGAAGAAUUCGCUCUCGGUUGUGGUGUUUGUCGUACUGGAAGGAAUUUUUAAAUUGACUGGUAUAUCUAAUUUACCUACCUAUACUUAUUUCUUUACACGGUAUUUUUAUACAAUCGUUUGAUAUUUAUAAAUAUUUUGAAACGUUUUUCCUACCUACCUACUUAAUAUUUUAUAUGAACGUAAUAAGGAUUACUCGUCUUGGCAAUUUUUUUUCAAGUAGUGAAAUGAGAAUAUUUUUAUUGGUUUUUAUCAACGCUUUUUUAAAAGCUUUGAAUACGUGAUUUUUUUCAAUCUAGUCGAAGAAUUUUUAUUGUUUUUUAUGUUUUUCUUUUUAUUUUAUUUUAUUUUUUUUGCUCAAAUUAUAUACUCAAAAUGUAAAUAAUCUACAUACGUACUGUACUUAUAAAUUAUUAUACAGGGUGUUCCAGAAUAACCUUUCACAUUUUGGUGAGCACUGAUCUGCGUUCAAAUGGUGUUAGGGGAAUGGUAAAAGCGGUUCCAGGUAGCCAACACAUGCCGAAUUAUGUUUCAGUAUUAAUUUUUUACCAUGGAGAAGUGGACGGCUGUGCAGCGCGCUUUUAUUGUAAAGGCCUUUUUCAAAAAUAAUGACUCUUACAUUAGUGCAAUUCGUGCCUUCCGCAAACAUUUUAAACUUACCGGUAAAAGUGAAGUGCCAUCGAGGCCAACAGUGAAAUUAUGGGUAAAAAACUUCGAGAAAACCGCUCAUGCUUGUAAAAAUAAGCCUACAGGUCGGAAAAGAUCAGUAAGAACGCCAGAAACAACGGACCGAGUAAGGCAUUCAGUACAGACUACCCCUACCACUUCAAUACGUAAACGAGCGUUAAAUUUAAAAAUCAAACCAACUUCUCUGCAACGAAUUUUAUCUGAAGACCUCAGUUUCCAUCCAUAUAAGAUUUUAAUCAUUCAAAAGUUACAAAAAACUGAUUUUGUGAGAAGAAAAUCAUUUGCCGAGGAUAUGCUUACAAGAAUUGAUACUGGUGAGAUUCCAUUGAACUCGUUACUCUUUACUGAUGAAGCUCAUUUUUAUCUAAACGGUGAUGUGAAUAAACAAAAUAUGCGCUACUGGUCGACAGAGAAUCCGAUGAUAAUACACGAGAAACCUCUACACUCCGCUAAGUUGACUGUUUGGAUGGGCGUGGCUAAAUUCGGUAUAGUGGGACCGUAUGUGUUUGAUGAAACGGUGAACGGUGAGAGGUAUCGCAAAAUGUUAAACGAGUUUCUCAUUCCUGAAUUGAAACGCAGACACAAGUAUAGAGUUACUUGGUUCCAACAGGAUGGCGCUACCUGUCAUUCCGCAACGGACACGAUUUCUUUAUUGCGUGAGCAUUUUGGUCAUCGAAUAAUUUCGCUGAACACAGAAAUUUCAUGGCCACCUCGAUCCCCUGAUUUUUCAGCAUGUGAUUUUUUUUUAUGGGGUUACCUCAAGUCAAAAGUAUAUCAAGAUGAUCCUAGGACUCUGAAACAGCUCCUAGAUAAUAUUAUUCGUGAAUCAAGACUGAUUAGAAGAGAAAUGCUCAACAAAGUGUUCAAUAAUUUUAAAAAACGUUUGGUCGAUUGUGUCAAAAAUGAUGGAAAACAUCUUGGUGGAAUAAUUUUUAAAACUUAAUUUAUAAUGAAAACUCAAAUAUAUGGUCUAAAAACGGCACAUUUCUACUUCAUUUUGGUUAUAAAAAAAUUUCCGUAACCAUUUUUCUCUCAGAGCUACUAAUAAAACAAAAGUGAAAGGUUAUUCUGGAACACCCUGUAGUUUAAUAUACAUGAUCUCUUGUUAUCACUUAUUGCGUUUUUAAUCAAGAUUAUAAUGGUGAUGUUUCAAUAAAAUUAUUACGCCGUGCGCCCCCUUGAA